AUGACCAAGGGAGGCAGCAACUCGGACAGGCCCACCAACUGCUUGAGAGUACUGGAUUUCGAGAACAGAGACUUUGGAGACUUGUAUCAAGUAGCUGUAGCCUUGCCUGGUUUCGUACGAGUCACCUUCCACAAGGAAAAAGAAUGUCACAUCGCCUUCAGUACGUUACAACAAUCCAAAGCUGGCCUGGACUGGCUAUCGAGGAAUGCUGGUCAAGUCAAUGUCUUUUACGCUCCGCCUCAACCACAAGGCUCCAUGACUCAAACUGCUGAACCUAGCUCCGUACUCUACGUCAGAUUAAUGCACGGAAUGAAUACGCCAUCGCUGCAGAAAAUAGUGGAAGAUUAUGAAGGACUUGAGAUGAUGAAGCCUGCUGAAAAUCACGUCAAGCUGUUUUUUGCAUCGGUUGAAUCUGCUUCUGCUGGCUCUGAACGAUUGUUUAGAGAGACUAAUAUCUAUGCCUUCUUCCAUCAUGGAUGUGGACCAGGAGGAUCACCAAACAACUUGCCCGGUGGUCCACGAACACUUCAUGUCACUAAACUUGAUCGUGAUAUGGCCGAUCUAAGAGCUUACUUGUCGGAUCGUCUACCCUGCUUGGAACGGAUUGGAUUCCAUGAUGGAUAUGUAUUCUGCUGUUUCUUGGAUCAUGAAUCGGCUAAAACUGGUCGUAAAAUGAUCUUGAAUGAAACUCGUAUGAAGGCCCGACUAGUUGAAUUCCAAUAUGUGCCUCAUUUCCAACCAACUCCUCUGGGAACGGUCGGAACCACCGUUCGAUUGGAUUAUAAUACAAUUAAGCCAACUGGUGAUGAAAUGCUCAAAUUCUUUGGACCGUAUCCUGGAUUUGCUCAUAUUGAAACCCGAGACAAGUGUUGCUUUGCAUCGUUUCGUACUCCUCAACAAGCUAGAGCAGCAUUAGAAGAUCUUAACAAUACCACUAACUUGAAAGCUGUAUAUCGAUCUCGUGAAUCAGCUGGAAGUGGAAGCAGUAAUGCCAAUCGUCGUGGUGUGAUGCAAGCUACAGCAUCCUCAACCACUAUAACUGCUCCGUCUCAACUUGCCCAACGUCGACCACCAUCCUCCACAUCCAUGCAAUCGUCAUCGUCUGUUAGUACAGCAGUCUCCUCACGACCACGCUCACGAUCUGAAUCCGAAACUAAUUCGGGAGCAUCAACGCCAACUCGCAAUCUUAAAAAGUCGUUGACGGCCAUCAGUGAUGCUGCAAAUCCAAUGAGAAAUUUUUGGAGUGUACUUGUCGAUGAGUUUGGAGUUGACAGUAAUGAUGAUCUUGAUGGAUUGACUGGUGACUUACUGGCUAGUGCUGAAUAUCAAGGACCUAUAUCUCAGCAAUUGGAUGAUGACGAUCAUCAUUAUCAUGGUGACGAUGAUGAAGACUUGUCAAAUAAUCAUUAUUCUCAGAAUGAUGAAUAUUUCAAGACUGUAAGGAUGGCAAAUGGUCAUAGUAAUGGUAUCGGUGCUACCAGCAAUGGUAAAUUAGGCCCCAUCUCUCCUUACUCGUCAUCAUUGCCAGCUCUACCAUCACCAUUAUCAUUUGCUGCUACCGCUGCUGCUACUGCAUCCAAGGCAUCUAGAAUCCUUGGUGCCGGUAGUAACAAAGUCGCAUCAUCAACCUCACAAUCAGUCAAACCUCAUAACAAUAGCUACAAUGGCACGAAAGACUCAUCUGCAAAAGUUUCCAAACCCAUCAACACCAGUAGUAACAGUAGCUUGAACAGCAACAUUGCAUCAUCAUUCCACAACAGUGUCACUGCCAGUACUGCAUAUACAUACGACGAUGAUAACUAUGUACCUGGAGCUGCACCACGACCUAUUCGCCGUCGCAGUCGUCACAAUAGUAAUUUGCCAUCUAUCUAA